UGGACGCUUCGUUUCUGGCAGUGGAGGGAGUGGUCACUGUCACGGUGGUGCAUUUGCAAUACCGGUAGUGUAGGACUAGCUGAAGUGUUCUGUGCUUUCUUUUCCACCUCUAUUCCUCACGUGCUGCGUUAUAAAUUUUCAGGCCAUCAAAAUGAUGGAGAUUGACGGCCAGGACGGUGGCGCCAACCUGCUAUCGCUCACUGUACAUGGUCUGAAGGAGAGCCUUGGAGAAGCGCUCGCUUUGAAGCGGACAGAGGAAGACACGGCAAAGAUAAAAGCAGCCCUGACCGAUGCUGCGAUACAUUUGAUUGAUCUCCGGCGGUUGUGCCGCAAUUUUUACCUCGCUGAGGACAAAGUGAAGGCGGAGACUGAUGAGGCAAAAGCCCCUCUUGACAAGGCUACGCUGGAGUUGAACAAUCUGCUCUACGAAAGGGAUCACUUUUUGAGGGAGAUCCGGGCAUGCCGCGAGUUCAAGACCAAGUUUCCUGGCAUUGAGUUGCAAGCGGAAGAAGUGUUUUGGAAGAAUGCGAGCGAGGAGCAGAAGAGCGAUGCCAAGCUGAAGGAGGAUCCUCACCAACUGCUAUUGGCACGGUUGAGAUUGGAACUAGCACAGAGGAAAGAGCUUGUGGAGAAGUUGAGCACGCUCCAGGCGCAGAAGCAGCAGCUGGCCGAGAAAGUCACCGAGCGCCGAAAGUUCCUCGAGACAAUCUCGGCGCAGCUCAAGUCCGUCAAAAAGGCAGCGCUCCCGGUCGAGCAGUCGCUAGGGCUGGCGCGCCAGAGUGAGAUCAAGCAGCACAGGCUGGCGGAGCUAUUGCCAGGGCCGUUGUACGUUCUGUAUACGCAGUUGCUCGCGUACAAGGAGGCGGUGGAUGAUGGGCUUGACGUGGAGGUGUUGGGGAGCUCGAAGGAAGCUGAGGCGCUGGCACUUUUAGAGGUUUCGAAGGUGCUCACAAGCAGGAGGAGCCCUCUAGAGGGUAGCGAGGAGGAGGAGGGGAGGCGGAAACGGCAGCGGACGGGGGACGAGAUGGAGCAGAACAUGUACCAGACGCACCCCCUGUUGGUUUCACUGCAAGUGCGGGGGCAAGAAGGCAAUCAGAAGAACGACGUUGUGGUACGAGUGCGGUUUGAGUACUUGCGGCAACUCAACCUGGUUGCGGCGCAGGCAGUGACUCUGGAUGGGAAAGCAGACGGAAGCGGGAUUCUCAAACGGGUGUUUCCUGAUGACGUUGGAGAGGAAGCGCCUACCGAGGCGGUUAAGGCUCUGAUGGGCGGGACUUUCCAGUUCGACUCGAGCCGCCCCUUCAGGCCGUUCAAGUGGGCGCAGCACCUGGCCGGGAUCGACGUCCUCGCCUCGACUGCCCCGCUUCUGCAACUGACCGCGCAGGCGGCUUCUGGGGUCGGGAACGUGAAGGAGAUGCUGAAACAGAACGCGUUGACCGCUGGCCUGGCCACGUUUAGGCAGCAGCGCCGAGUCCAUACGGUGAUCGAUGCCCUGAGGGCAGCGGCCAAGGGCAAGUAGAUUGCGCCACUAGCUUCCUGGCUCGAGAAACGUGUCACUGGAGGCACAUAAACGAUCUGAGGGGGAAGCUCCGUGUCAUUGGCGAAGGGCUGUGCUUUGACCUGUCCUUACCGCUAGAUUUUACAUGACUGUCUGGCAAAUUCGCGGGGCUGUCGUGAGACGGUUACAGACAGAGGUCUCCCUUGCAAUCAAUUUGCAAAUUUGCGUUGCAACAUGUCGAGCU